ACAUUAUAUAGUCUAAAAAAGUUAAUUACAAAAUUUAAAAAAAUGUCUAUUAUACCAAAACACGAGAAAUUUCAUGAAGGGUCACAACAAGGAAUCAAAAUUAAUGAAUGGACAAUUACAACUAACAAAUCAUCAAUUAGCAAUUCACGAGAGAUAGAAAAAGCGCAGAAAGAAGUAACUAUAUCAUUACCUGAAAUGUUUUUCGGAAAUAAUUUAUUAAGAAUAUCGAAUGAUUAUGGUGUUAUAUAUGAAUUUUCUCCAUUGAAUGCAUUAAAGAUGGUUGACGCUACAGCAGAAGGUGGUGAAAAAGUAAAAGUUGCUUAUUCAGAAGAAUGGAAAAAGAAGAGUGCAAAAAAUCAUGAACAUAUUAAAGAUGUGAUUAAACCAUAUGAUUGGACUUAUACUACUUCAUAUACUGGAACUCUAAAGGGGACAGUAGAUAAUCAGGUAUUUGAAAAUUCAACAGAUAGGAUUGAUAUGGAAAAACUUAAAAAAGUAGAAGAAAUAUUGUUUUAUGAUGAAAUAGAUUUAUUUGAAGAUGAAUUAGCCGAUAAUGGUACAGCAAUAAUAAACGUAAAAAUUCGUGUUAUGCCAUCAGGAUUUUAUAUACUUCAACGAUUCUUUCUUAGAGUUGAUGAAGUGUUAUUCAGAAUGAAUGAUACGAGAGUUUAUCAUGAAUUUGGAACUGAUUACUUACAGUUAGAAUAUUCUUCAAGAGAAGAACAUUAUAACAAAAUAAGAACAUGUAUACCUAAAUACAAGGGAGAUGAUAUAUCACAAUUAACUGACAUAAAUUGGAUAAAUUCAAAGUUACCGCCACCGAAGAAAGACGAACUAAUGGUAAAAAAAUUAUGUGUUGUGCCAAAGAGUGAAAUUUGAUACACGUGAUCAAAUAAAUUGUCUUUGAAUUGGUCAUUGCAGUAAUUAAACAUAAAUUUGUUAUAAUAACAGAUAAUUUGUAAUUAAAAUUGCAUAUAAUUAUAAACUAUUGACUAUUCCACAUCCAUAGUCUGUAAUAAUUUCAUUAUUCCAAUAUUAUUUUAUUUACAAGACAGAAAUUGAUUAAGUUAUUUAUAUAUUAAAAAAAUA